AUGUCCCACAAAGCUGCCAACUCCAGAUCCCGGUCACCGUCAAAGUCGCCUAGCAAACUCCAGCACAAAUUGCUAGCUCCAGACCUGGGCACAGAGUAUGUGAAUAAUACCAAUAUAAAGGUGAUCGUGCGGUUUAGGCCCGAAAAUGAGAUGGAGAAGGCCAGCGGUGCCACGAAUAUUGUCGAAUACCACCCAGAUAACCAGAGCGUCUCUGUCACUGUGGCGUCUAAUACCAGCAAUUUCACGUUUGACCGUAUUUUCAGCGAAGACACGGAGCAGGAAGAAAUCUUCAAUUAUUCGGUCAGACAGACCACCAACGACCUGGCCUUGGGCUAUAAUGGAACGGUGCUAUGCUAUGGUCAGACCGGAUCCGGAAAAUCGUAUACAAUGAUGGGAGAUCUGCAUGACGAGAGAAAUAAAGGACAGACUCCGCGGAUAUUCGAGCAGAUAUUCCAAGGCAUCGAGGACUCUCCAAAGACGCUCGAAUACACGGUUGGCGUCUCGUAUUUGGAGAUUUAUAACGAGAAUUUGCGAGACUUGCUCAAUCCAAAGAACAAUUCCAAGCUGGCAAUCCAUGAAAACAAAGUCGAUGGUGUUUAUGUCAGCAACUUGGAAACUCUCUAUGUGUCAAACCUCAACGAUGUGUACACUAUUCUAGACCAGGGAAACAAAAACCGAAGCGUCGGCUCCACGAAUAUGAACGAGCAGAGCUCGCGGUCGCAUGCUAUAUUUCAAAUACGAUUGAGCUCCAAGAAUUUGGAGGACGGGAUAAUCAAGACCGGUAACUUGUUUCUGGUCGAUCUCGCGGGUUCAGAGAAAAUCGACAAAACAGGUGCCUCCGGACAGCUAUUAGAGGAGGCCAAGAAAAUCAACUCGUCGCUCUCUGCUCUUGGCAAUGUCAUAAACUCUCUCACGGACGGCAAGUCCACGCAUAUCCCUUAUAGAGAUUCCAAGCUCACGCGUAUAUUGCAGGAGUCUCUCGGAGGAAACUCCCGAACCACGCUUAUUAUCAACUGUUCGCCUUCUUCGCUCAAUGAUCAGGAAACGCUUUCCACGCUCAGGUUCGGGUCCAGAGCCAAAUAUAUCAAAAAUAGCGUCCACAUUAAUAGCGAAUUGAGUAAUCAUGAGCUCAAGAAACGAUACUUUGACCAAGCCAAGAUUAACGAAGAAAACGUCCGAAAGAUACAGAAACUGGAAACGCGGAACCAGGAGUUGGAAGAGGAAAAUGGACAGUUGAAGGAAGAGUUGGCAAAGUUCAAGGAACUCAUGAACAUGACCACUCCGUCGAACGAAGUGGCCAAACUGAACGAUAAGAUCAUGAUGCUAAAGUCGUCUCAACUAGCCAUGACCAGAGAGCUGGAGCAAAAAAAUGCACACAUAGCCGAGCUUGAAAGCAAGGCGAAUGAUUCUCUUGAAAGCACUUCAAAACUCGAGGCUUUGGAGAAGGCCAUCGAGCAUUUCUCUGAUCACAUUGAGCAGAUCGAGGGACAAAAUAGACAAUUGAAAAAGGAUAUCCAGGCGUUGCAGCUGAUGAGCAACCAGAAAACCAACAAGAUCAAGGAGUUGGAGCAACAGUUGAAAGCGCAGGAGAUGCUUGUGGAGCAGGAUUCACAGAUAUUUGAGCAAAAACUCAAUCAUUUGAAAGGACGCGUGUCCUCCCAUAGAUCAUUGAAGCAGCGGACAUUGUCAGGAGAGAAGGAGAAUUCUGGGUCGAGCAUUUCAUCGCGCACACGGCCGUCUACCAAAAAUCGAAUAGGACUCAACCUGAGAAUUGUGAAGCCAAUGAGAGGCGGUCAACAAGGGACAUGAAAUUGAUUUAUUUAUUACGUUACUCAUAAAGUAUGGCCUUGCGACUCACUCAAAAACGUCUUGGCCUAGCUUGAGUCCGAGAAUGUUUCUGACAUCGCUGGUGAAUCUGAGGCUGUUCAACAGAGGCAGCAAAUUCAUUAGUUCGGAGUCAUCAGGAUCGUUGAUCCAACCCUCGAUCAUGAUUCCGUUCUUCUUGUGAAAGCUGUAACUGAUUGGCGAGUUGUCUAUUAUGAUGACCCUGCUAAGGUCUGUUGCUGAUCUUCCCACGGAAGAUCCUCUCGUUCUGCUUGCAGAACGGUCUCUAACAGAAUUGACGGUCUCGUUCGAAUUGUUUGUUCCUGGAGGGUGUGGCGAGGCGGUUGGUGUGGAUGGUCUCUCUCUUUGGUGACCAGUCAGGACCCCGAGGUCCUUCACAUAACCUUUGCCUUCGGUGAAAAUACAGCUGUUUCGGUAAAAUCGUUGGCUGAACAGCUUUUUCUGCGAAAUGUCUCCUUUGUCCUUGAGCAUGACCUCUUGUUCCAGAUAGUUGAUCACCGGGUCGGCGUACUCCUUGAUGGAGGCAGUGAAGCACACGAGGUUGAACCAGUUGCGGACUAUCGACAAGAACUCGUCCACGUAAGGUCGUUUAUAUAUAUGAUAUAGCGUAGCCAAUUGACUAUUGAUUCGGAUCUCAAUGGUGGUUCCUUUAUUCUUGUUGAGAAUCGAUGAGUUGUGUCUCGAAAGAGAAUGUAUAAGGGUCUCGUCUAGAUCAAGAACAAGCGUUUUUUGUGGCAGGUUUGGAGGAUGAUUAAUGUUAAAGUUGAACAGCAGUUUAGGGAAGAUAAACUUCUUUUUCCGAGGCGUCAUGAGAUUGUUAUGGCGUAUGUUCUUCCUGCGUUCUGUAUUAUGUAGUUGCUGUGGCGGUUGUCGAAUUGCACUGGUAGAGGCCACCGGGCCGGUUGGUGAUUUUAUCGGAUCCUCGCUCUUAUCCAGUUCAAACUCUAUGUCUUCCUCCAUUAUGGUGGUGAUUUGAGUUGCAGGGUCUUCACGAGACCUCUGAGGCUGGAGAACAUGUACCUGAUCUGCGCUAGUGUCAUUGGAUUGUGGAGCGGGCGUCGUUUGUUGCAUAGCUUGUUUCUUGCUAAACACAUUUAUCAGUGCCCUCACAGGGUACGUGACGAUAUAAAGAACCAGUACGAACGGGUUGACAAUGAUAUGCUUUGGGAUAAAAAACAAGAUGCUUAAAAGAGUGCUAAAAGACGAUGGAUCGUCGGUAUCCUCCUCCUCAUCGAAUGCAGGUUGCUGUUCAUUUUGGAAUUGUACUGGAGGAUCGAGCUGCCUUGUGACAAUGGCUGAAUCGUCAAUGUCUAAUGGAGACUUCUGAUCCGGCGGAAACGCAGGGUUGAAC